AUGCUUGGCAGUUCCGUGACUCGUGUGAAGGGUGACAUCUCGAAGGCCUCCGAAGAGGCCGAGCUGGCCGUGAAAGCGCUCAAGGAUUUCCCAGGGCUCUUGCAACAUGGCGUUGAUGAGUUACGCGGCUUGUCUACCUGGCUUCCCAUCAUUGCUGGCCUCAGCCUGGCUACUGUGCUGGUUUGCUGCGGGGCAGCAUGGCUCCAGCUGCUUUCCAGCCAAAACGCCACAGUGAACAAGCGCCUCACGCGAAAGCUCUCGCCCACGACGUUGGCUUUACUGCUGCCCUGCUGCGUGGCGGCCUCCACUCUGAUCCUUUGCGUGGCGGCAUGUGCCGAGUACGCCACAGCGAGCACUGUGACGGGCUUUUGCCGCGACGAUGGGCCAGAUGCAAAGGUCUUGCAAUUCGCUGAGCAGACAGCAGGGAAGACUUCUUCAGCCUACAGCCUCACAGAACACUACCUCACAGGUACUGUGGACAAUCCGGCCACAGACCACUUGGAGCUGGCGAAGCAAUCGGUUUUGGCCAGUGUUCACUGGAUCACCGAGUACAAGACAGUGCUUCAGCAGACAUGCCCCAAGUGGAAUUCUCAGAGUGUCUUCGACGACCUGAAGUUGCUGGAGCAGAAGUUGAACGCCACGGAAGCUGUUCUGGAGCCGGAGGCCUUGUAUGGUCACUACCAACAGGCCACCCAUGUGGCCGCUUGCACUGGUGGCUCCACUGGCCUAGCCACUUUGGCCACUGAGCAGAUCUUCCUGGGUGCCUUUUUCCUUCCGGUCUUCUGCUUGGCGACCACAUGGCUCUCCGACUUUGCAUCAAAAGGUGGGGCUGGGGUGCCCAGCUUCAGGACUGAAGAGUGGAGCGAUGGAGCUAGGAGUAGCGACGAUGAGUCAAAACAUGAAGAGCUGAACUCCCUCUACUACGCCUGGGGGCCCAGAUUGGUCGUGAUUUUUGCUGUUGGACUGUGGAUGUAUCUGGUGCCCCAGCCGGGAAUGGUCCGCCCAACGAUUGGCACCUUGCUCUUCUGCACGGGCGUUUUCCUGAUGAUGAACUCUGACCUCAUUGUGACCUACUUCCGGCUACAUGAGCAGGUUGAGAAAUUCAAGGCAAACAAUGACGACUACCAAAAGAACUUGGACAAACAAGCGCAGGAGGUGAGGACCUUGCAAACUGCAGCAAAGGGCUUUGAAGAGAUCGAACGGAAGUUUGGCGGCAGCAUGGAGCGGGCGAUCAAGGAGGUCCGAACGAUGCAGACCACGGCGCGCUCGCAGAUGGCCAUGACGAUCAACAAGAUGGUGAAGCUCUACUUGGACACCGACGGUGACCGAAAGAUUUCAGAGAAGGAGUUGGAAGAGGCGACGCAAACCAUGGCCGACAUUUUUGGUGCCAUGAUCAAGGGCCUCAGGAAUGAGCGCUUGCCCAAGAUGCUGGAGGGCAUCCGAGGACACAAGUCCUUUCUCAAGGACAAGAGUUUGAGCCUGGAUGCCUUCUCGAAGGCCUUCGAGAUCACUCUCUUCGUGCCCGACCCGAAGCAGGUUGUGCAGGCUGUGCGGGGCACCAUCGACGCUUUGAUCACCAACUGGGUUUUCUUGGGGGGCUCGGGACUUGAGGCACGAAGUUCAGACCCGAAGUUCAUGUAA